UAUGUGCUUCAUAACAUGUGUUAUUGAUGCAGCUAUUGUUAUUGAUGUUGUCGUAAAUCCAGCUGCUGUUGGCCACUAUAUAAGCGCACAAGCCCUGAGACAGAUGCCCAUUGCUAGAUUCAAACUCCAAUCGUGAAUACAUAGUAAUUACGCUACAGUUCUCGCCUCGUGUCGCUUCAGUGAUUCGUCAAAUGUGUUGGUUUUAAAUUUAAUUCCCGGUGGCAAGUGCCCAGUGCUCAGUGCCUUAGCUGGAAACUAACACAAGCCGGACGGAUGCGUCUAAUGUGAAACUCAAAUAAUAUUAUAGAUAAUACUUAUACAAACAUACUACAGCAGAUAGAGAAGAAUACUUAAUAGCUGCGUAUACGUAAUACGAAAUUAACAGUUUGGUGCCGUGUGUGCGAUUUAUGCAUUUAUUUAUUAAUUAAUAAACAUAUGAUGUAGUUACAAGCUAAUCAAAAGCCAUAAACUGCAAAUUGAGUGCCAAAUAUACACAUUAAAUAUUUAAGAAGCGUAUACAAAUUCGAUUUUCAAAGUGCAUACGUAAUUCAAGUUCCCCUUGACUUUCGUGUUGGCCCAAAAUGGUCGAAAAAAUCUCGCACAGUUUGACAUUGAAGCGCUUGCAAAACUUGCAAUGGCAACGUAUAUUUCAUAUGUUUUACAUUGAACCCGUUGUCUUUAUGCUGCUGUUCUCAUUGACUUUAUCUAAUACAAUUAUGCGAAACCAGGUCAUCUAUCAAACGUGUACAGUGAUCUUUCAUUAUAAUGAGAGCGAUUGCAAGCUGCUGGAUGAUAAGAAUGCGAGUGCUGAGAUAAAGGCCAUUGAAACAGAAGUCCAACCAUAUGUUGCAAAUCUGUUUCUAUCGCGAACCUUACUGGAAAGUAUUGUGCCAGCAUUUUGUGGUCUAUUCAUUGGCUCUUGGUCGGAUCACUAUGGACGCAAGCCAUUGCUCACCGUAUCGAUGAUUGGCUUCUCUGCCUCACAUCUGGUGACGGCUGCGAUCUGUGAGCUAUCCAGCUUUUAUGUAAUUAAUCCCUGGUGGUAUAUUGUGGCUGCAGUGCCGCAUUCGUUGCUGGGCGGCAAUUGUGUCUUCUCCGUAGCCGCACUCUGCUUUAUUUCAGAUAUAACAGACACCAAGACGCGUCCCUACAGGAUGAUUUUUAUGGAGUCCCUGUUCUUUAUUGGACUCACCAGUGGAUCGCUGUUGUCGAGCUUUGUGUACGCAGCAACAAAUGCGUCCAUAACAAUUGGCAUCUCGGGCAUCAUAACCACAUUUGGCACGCUCUUUGUCAUCUUCUGUGUGCCAGAGAGCUUGCACUUACGACAGGCUAAGGAUGCGGAGGAGACUAAAGCUGGGCCCGGCAAGUCUGAGAAAGAAGUGCCCAUUUCACCAUGUGAUUUGCAAAUAGACUGUGUGUCCAUUGACUGUCCACCCAAGCUAAUGAAUGGCGAGGAGACCAAAAAGACGGUGGCGCCCAUUGCUUUGCCCACGCCAGCUACGCCGGCUAUGGCCUUCGAUGAGGAUCUGCUGGCCAAGUAUGUAGAGAGCUUGCCAGCCAAGCGCCGUGCGCAGCCCGAAAGCGAAGCAAAACCAGAGCCUAAGCGCGCUGGACUAUUUAGCAAGCAGCACAUUAAAGACAUGAUUAGCACCUGCACCAAGCCACGAGAGAAUCAUGCGCGUGCCAUUAUUUGGCUUGUCACAUUCGCCAUGUGUUUCUCGAUUUUUGUUUUUGAUGGUGUCAUGACUGUCAUGUACUUGUUUGUGCGCGAGAAGUUCCAUUGGUCGGUGCGAGAAUAUACCUUCUACGAGACGGUCAGUCAUCUGGUGCCUAUGGUGGGCGCCAUAAUUGGUUUCCUUAUACUGCGCAAGAUCUUUCGACUGUCGGUGGUGACGCUCGCACUUUUGGCUUUCUUUUCGGAAAUACUUAAUAACUUGGCGAGAGGAUGUGCCUCACAACCUUGGCAUAUGUAUCUAUCUGUCGUACUGGGCGUGUUUCGUUCCAUAGCAGGCCCCAUGUGCCGCACUAUAGUCUCCAAUAUAGUGCCCGCCUCAGACUUGGGCAAAAUAUUCUCAAUUAAAAAUGUUUUACAAUCAUUUGCGCCCUUCGUUGCUGCUCCGUUGUACACAUUCAUCUACAAAAGUUCGCUAACUACCUAUCCGGGGCUAUUCAACUUUGUCAGCUCUGCAAUUUAUUUACUGUCCUUUAUAUUUAUAGGUUGUGUGCUACGCAUUAAAUUAAUGCAUAAAGAAUACUAUGCCAAGGUGCUUAAAUAAGCUGUUAUAUAGUUUAAGACAUACUUAUGCUUGUGAUAUGUAUAAAUUUAGUAUAAGCAAUAAGUUAAAUAGAACGCUUUU